AUGCUGUGUAGAUUAGUGGAAUGGAAACCAUUGAAAAUUGGCAACACGACCAUCACAUUGAUCACACAGACGACGUCAGCGCAUGGGAACGUUCUGUCUGACUGGGCAGUGAAGAACAAGGAUCGCGAAAUAAAGCUACGACAUAUACAUUGCACUGUAUGGGACGAUCAGUCUGCUCCACCCAGUUUAGCGCCGAUCAUAGAAAUUCUGAACGAGAUGUUGAAAAAUCCGACUGGUCAUCCUGUUGUUGUUCACUGCUCAGCAGGUAUUGGCCGAACAUGCACUUUACUUGGAAUUGUGCUGUUAUUGGAGAGAAUCCGGAAGGGCAAAGAUGCAACGGGUGUGUCCGUCAUGAGAUGGCUUCGUAAUCAACGUCAUGGCGCAAUCCAGAAGGGUAUACAGUUCGUGUUUCUGCACCGUGUCACCAUUGAAGUACUGUGCCAGGAAGGAGUAAAGAAGGCGAGUGAUGAGAAAGUGACAAAAUUUGAUGCAGAGUAUCAAAAAUUACUGUCGAAACAACGGCGAUUCUUGAUGUCGGCUAUGAAACAAAAGCUUCAACAAGCAUUACCCGUAAAACCAAGCCCUGUGAAAACUGUGUCAGAGAUGGAAGUGUUGCAAACACAAAUGGAUGAUGACGAAGAUCGAAAAACCAUAGGAACAGCUGAGGAGGCCGCAAAACCGUUAGAAGAACAAUAUUCGAAAAGUACUUUGGAAUCGGUGCACGAUAAAGAAGAUCUACCAGAAUCUGAUUAUGCGGAAUUUCUAUAG